AAAUUUGUUAAACAAGCUUGUUAAAAAAAACUUGCAAAACAAUGAACAAAACAAUUAUACUGUUAUUACUCGUGGCAGUGGUAUUCACUAUUGUGGAUGAGGCUACAUGUUUUGAUAGUGGAAAGGCUGCUGAAUUUAAAAACAAAAUAGCCGAGAAAAAGGAGGAGGUCAAAGGGUACGUGGAAAUGGGCAAGGCGGCUAUCAAGGAGAAAAUGGGCAGCAUGGGAAGCAAACAAUAACUAAACUUGAUCAUUGCAAAUUAAAUAAAGAUUUACUCCAUAAUAAUAAAUAAAUAAAUAUUUUGCUGAGUUAUAUAAAAAUGUUUUAAUUAUAUAAUGCCACCAAC